AUGAAGAGGGCAAUACUUGCUCCGACUCAUGAUACUGUAGAUAUCGUUAAUGAUUAUAUUUUAUCAUUAAUUCCAUGUGAGGAUAAGGAAUAUAUUAGUUCAGACUCAACUAUCAUUUCUAAUGAAAAUUGUGUUGUGCAGAGAGAUUGGUUCACACCUGAAUAUUUGAAUGACAUAAAAUAUUCAGGAAUUCCAAAUCACCGAUUAAGAUUAAAUAUUGGUGUUCCAGUCAUGCUUUUGAGGAACAUUGAUCAAGUUAAUGGACUAUGCCAUGGAACAAGAUUGCUCAUAAAUGAACUGUCUACAAAUAUUAUUGGAGCAACUGUGAUCACGAAAAAAAACAUUGGUGAUAAGAUUUAUAUACCAAGGAUGAAUUUGGUUCCACGAUCCAACUUUCCCAUUUGA